GCCCGAAUCCGCAAGUUGACGUUCCAUCUGAUGAUCCUCCCAACACUACUUCAUUCAUCAUCAACGUCGUCGCAUCACUCACCAUGUCUUUUGAUCGCCUUAGCUCCCUAGAAUCCCAACCUACUAAUCUGCGACGCUCCGAUGAUCCACAGUAUCGAGAUGAUCCCGAGUUCUACCGCCUCACCGAGGCUCUUUCAAACCAGCUGUUCAGCCUAACCUCGAAGAUCACUCGGUUGUCAGAUCAGAUCGCGCUUCUAGGGACAAGACGAGACACGGAACGAGUCCGUGAGCGAGUUCACAAUCUUUUAGAGCAGGCUCGUACAGGCUUCAAAGAAGUAGGAGAAGGAAUCAAGAAAGUGCAAACAUGGGAGGAUGUCAAUCCUUCCCAAAAAUGGACACAACAGAAGCUAUCUUCGGAAUUCAAGGCUACGUUGGAUGAGUUCCAGACUGUUCAGCGUCGUGCUUUGGAGAAGCAGCGCGCAUCUGCCGUUGCUGCCCGCACUGCCGUGGAAGAAAGUGAACAACAACCAGCUGCUGAGGGAGCUGCGCAGGAACAACGACAACUCCUACAGGAACAGCCCCGACUUGCAAACCAGGACGAGGUAGACUUCCAGGAGUCUCUAAUUAUUGAACGCGAGGCAGAGAUCCGCAAUAUCGAGCAAAGCGUUGGCGAACUCAAUGAGCUGUUCCGCGAUGUCGCCCACAUUGUGCAUGAGCAAGGAGGCCAGCUAGACAUAAUCAGCGAAAACGUCGAGAAUGUUACGAACGACACCCGCGGAGCUAAUGUCGAGCUCCGCAGCGCCAGCAGACACCAAAAGAAUGCCCGGAAUAAGGCUUGCUGUCUGCUUGUUAUGCUUGCCGUUAUCCUAACUAUUAUCGUGCUGGCGGCUACCAUUGGAUAAGUCCAUCUGGCCACGCUCGAACUUUUUCAUUCCUUUCAUCCCUACUCUACUUGUACUAUUCAUUUUGGCGGCUUCCGUUCAUGAUAU